ACUUUUAUUGGUGUUAGCGAGUACACUAAUAGGCUAAUUAGCCAAAAGUGUGCAGUAACUUUUUUUUAGUUUAACAAGACUCGAAUAUAAACCAAGUGAGAAGUUAAGAGUGAUUGGUAUGGUCAGUUAACGUAUAAUGUCUGCUGGCACAAAAUAUCACGACACAUGCAAUUAACUUUUGGAUAAGCCAUCCAUUAAUAAAUAAUAAAUCUAGAUUUUUUUAACCAAUGUCCUGGCUUGAACCAGAAAAUUCGGCUGUAUUCUAAAUUUUCAAUGAAACUGGGAGUUGGUUAUUAUUAUUCUUAUUAUUAUAACUGCUACUAUAAUCAUCAUAACUGAUAGAGUUAUAAGAGAUACCUUUAAAAAUAAUUGUUUUAUUAUUUUUAUUUUAGUUACUUUAUGGUUCAUACUAUUGUAUGGAAUUCGCGUGAAAACCCAAAUUGCGGACGUGUAUACCAGUUAACAGUAGUGUUACGUAUUUAAUUAGUAACGUCAGUCGCAUAUAAUUGGGGUUGGUCACUGUGAAAAACAAAAAAGAUUAUUUAAGUCUCUAUAUGUGGACCGAAGCAGACGGCAAGAGUAAAGGUUUGCACGUAGAGGACAGCUCGAAGGGCAGAUUAAGCUUGCGGUAAACAGCAUGCCUGCCAAGGGGAAGCACCACCACUUGUCCCACCACCACCAUCAGCAGCAGCAGCAGCAGCAGCAGCAGCAACAGCAGCAACAGCAGCAGCAGCAACAGCAACAACAACAUCAGCAACAGCAGCAGCAACAACACCAACAACAGCAGCAGAAACAGCAGCCACCUCAACAGCAGCAACACCUUGUUAAUGUCAAUCAGUCUGGGAUAUCUGGUAAUCCCCAGGCUUACAACGCGGUUGUUGCCACGCCGAGGGCAUACGUUUCACAUGCCGGUUCAGAUUUUCAUGUACCCGGACAAAAUUACGGCGCCCAGCCAGGGGGGCAGGUGGGAGGUGGUGGUGGUAGUAUAGGAGUAUCAGGUGGUAGAGGACCACCUUCUAUUGGAAUUCAGUCUAUAGGUCAAUCGACCCAAGGAAUACAGUCGGGUAGUGGACCUAGUGGUGGUCAGCAACAGUCUAAUCAACCUCCCACAACCGGGGUCCAACAGCAACAAUCUCAGGGACAAGCUCCAACCACGACACCUCUUGGUCAUACACCCUCACCGCAAGAAAUGGGAAAACCAAUUCACCACCAGACCCAAGCAGCUUCUUUACAGCAGUCUUAUGUUUCAAAUCCAACCAGAGCGGUUCCACAGGGUUUCUAUUCUAUGGGACCAAGACCAGUGCAGCCAAGAAGUUCAAUUCACAGAAAUAGUCAAGGUGGUGGAGUAACUCACGUUGUAGGUAUGCAAAGUGCAUCAGGAGGUGCUGGACAGCCACCUGCAAUGUUUCAAGCACAUCAUACAAGUAUUAAUGUGCCUGGUGCACAAACUAUAUAUAUUCCGAGUCAGGUUCCUAAUAUGCAUCCUGGACAGCAUCAACAAAUGUAUUCCGUAGGCAAUCAAAUGGCUCAAAUUACAUUUCCCGGACAACACAGGCAUCCAACACACUCGGGUCAACAUUUCUUCAGUUAUCAGGGCCAUACACUGAUACAACCAAAUGUGUUUCCAUUCCCAACAGGACCCGCGACAACGCCUCUCACAUUUUGUUACCCUUCUCACCCGCCACCAAACGCUAUUAUAAAUUCGAAUAGAGCGAAUAAUACCACUAUUAGUGGCGCUCAACAUGUAGGCCCGCUGGCCGGUGCCCAAGCUACUACUGCUGUACCUCAAGGUACUCUUCAACAAACUACCCCACAGCCACAGGCGUUACCUCAAAUGGCAAUACCUCUAACUCAACCAGCUUACGCUGGACACAAUGCAACUACUGCUAACUCGUUGAGUAAUGCGUAUCAAAAGCCAAAGAGGUCGAAGGCUAUCUUGGAUAUUGUUAAUCCAGCUACCGGUGAAAAUAUAUCGGAGUUGAUUUAUAGAGAAGCCCUAAAUACUUCCAAUGAUGACGCUGGCGCUCGAGAGACUUCUAAAAAAACUCAGGGUUCAGUAAUCGCUGCCGAAUUUGCAUCGCGUGUUGCUCAAGCGGCCCACGAAGAUUCCUCAAAUAAUACGAGUAAUUCUGUAGCCACUAGUGCCCAAACGAAUAGCCAGCAAAGCUCUAAUCAAAGUAACGCAAAAUCACAGUCAAACCUCACUAAAGAUUCUGUUAGUAGUCAGUGCAAUAAAAAUUCUUCAGUGCCAACGCAGGUUAACGCGAAUACCGUAUCAACUGCACCACCUGAUUUAAUGCAUUCAACAGCUACUGCGGUAGUAGACUCGUCAGUUCCUAAGCUGGAAUCCAAACCGACUAUGGCUCAAGCGGUCGAUUCUAAAUCUCAUAAUGAGAUACAGCCGACAACACAAGUUGAAUCAACAUCUCCGACGUCUGGCUCUCCUAAAGUUGAGUACAAUGUUGGAGUAUCAGCUUCUCAUUCUGUGUCAGAGGUUGAAGCUAAAACUACAAGCAGCCCCGAGAGUUUGUCCCCGACAAAUGUUCCUUCAUUUUCACCUUCAACCGUUAAAAGUUCUUCGAGCUCGCCACCUCGACGAAAAAAUAACAAUUACUCUCAACAACAAUUUCAGUCAUCCCAAGCAAUCCCUUCGAGUACUGGCUCAGUACUUCAAAAUAACGCUCAUGUUACUGCCGAGGCUGGUAAAGAUUUAAAGGAGAAAAAAGUCUUCGAUAAACCAUUUGUACCUAAAGGAGUUUCGCAAACAUCUACACCACCUCAAUCUGACGUAACUCAGCAACAAAAGGCUAAUGGAGAGAGAAUUGAAGACAAACUUGACACUGAAGUUGGAGGCAAAUUGGAUCUUCCACAAAAAUCUGCAGACGGUAAUAAAACGAUGCAAAAACAAAAGAAUAAAAAUAAAUUUAAAGGUCGAGAUAUUAAUCGCAAGGGUGCGGAAAAAGAAGGCACGGAUAUGGAUGCUUUCGUGAACCCAUCGCUGCAGAGUAUGACUCCAGAAGUGGCUAAAUCCCAAGAGCUCCAGGAGUCAUCAUCGUCCCCGACGUCGAAUAGCGAACAGUCACCUGCCCGCAACAUUUUAACAGAGGAAAAAGAAGUCUGUGAAGUUAAAAUAGACGACUUAGAGCCCGAGACUCAAAUAAAACCACAGCCAGUGGAUAAAAUAAUAAAUUCAAGUGAAUGUGUAGUUAAAAAUAUUGACAGUAGUGAUGAUAAACUAAUAGUGACGACAAACAAAAAUACUCCAGACAAUGAAACAAUUAGUAAUGACGCGAUUAUUCAGGAUAGUAACAAGUGUGCGAGUAUGAUUGAUCAAAAGACGAAUGAUGUUGUUGACCAUUCUAAAAUUGUUAGUAAUGACACUGUUAGUAGUGAAGUGGAAGCUAUUGUUGCUCAGAAAAAUGAAGAAAAUGCCAAAGUAUCCACUUUGGCAAGUAAUAAUAGUUCUGUUAAUCCAGCUGCUGUUAUUGAUAGUAACAAACAAAGUGAAAAUGAAACUUCCAAUAAAAUUGGAGCUCCAGCGAAACCCGCUGUACCACAGUUACUACGGUAUCAAUACAGCCCUAAUCAAUGGAGUCCCAAAAAUACUUCUGGUAAAAAGGAGUAUGAUCGUGACUUUUUGAUGAAGUUACAGGAUGAUCCACGAAGUCGCAUUAAGCCUCCAAAUCUUCCAGAUUUGGAUGUUGUUCUUAAAGACUGUUCGAGACAAACAUCUCGUAAUACAUCGUUAGACAUGCGAAUGUUCAAAGACUCCAGAGCUCAUGAGCAAUUACUGCCUGGGUUCAUGAAAUCAUCGUACAAUCCUAAAUUACCUCUACCCUCGAAAAAGAGCUACCAAGGAAAGUCCAAGAUGAGCAAAUCAGGCCUAAUUCAUGUCACGUUGUCGCUUCGUGAAGACGUUAAAUUACGGGAGACUGAAAACGCGUGGAAGCCGGCUAGAUUGAAGAAGGAAGGAGAAACACUUACUGAAGACGACAAGAAGACGCAAGUUUUGUAUAAAAAAGUGAGAAGUGUUCUUAACAAGCUAACACCUCAGAAAUUCGAUACAUUAGUUAAUCAAGUACGCACAUUAGAAAUUGACUCGGAAGAUAAAUUACAGGGUGUUAUUGAUUUAGUAUUUGAGAAAGCGGUAGACGAGCCAAGCUUUUCAGUUGCCUAUGCUCUAAUGUGUAAAGAAUUAGCCUUGAUAAAAGUAGCGUCAAAUCAGAAAAAAUCUGCACAAGAAGCAGAUAACUUCGUUAAUUUCCGUAAAUUACUAUUGACACGUUGUCAAAUGGAAUUUGAGAAAAAUUCUGUUGAAGAGUCGGCGCGGUUGGUUAAAGUUAAAGAAAUUGACAAUUGUGUAGACGCUGAAAAGAAAAAAGAAUUGCAAACAAAUCUUGCAGAGAGUGACCGUCAGAUAAGAUUAAAAUCUGUUGGUAAUAUUAGAUUUAUCGGUGAACUUUACAAACAAGAUAUGUUGACCGCAAAUAUUAUGAGAAAGUGUAUUACUCAUUUAUUGGAUAAUAUUGAUGAAGACAAUUUAGAAUGUUUGUGCAAAUUAUUGACGACUAUUGGUAAAAUAUUUGAAGUUAAAAAUGAUUUAAAUAAUUACUUCCAAACACUUAACGAUCUUGCAUCAGGUCGUCAGACUGGUCGUAAAAUAAGUUCGCGUGUUAGGUUUAUGAUUCAAGACGUUAUUGACUUGAGACGUAGCAAUUGGAUACCGCGUAGAGACGACAGUAAUCCAAAGACUAUGGAUCAGAUUCAAAAAGAAGCUGAGUCAGAACGCAUCGAUAUUCAAUUGAAUAAUAUUUCGAUGAACACACCACGUGGCAAAGAUGAUCGUAACGACCGAAGAAGAAGAGGAGCAGGCUCAAGCCUUGAUGAAGGUGGCUGGAGUACACCGGUAGGCAGCAGCAAAGUUAGGCAGUCUUACUCGGUAGAAGCUUCUAAAUUAAACACCAAGAGUAUGCCAUUAAAUGAAAUUACUUUGGGCAGCAGACAUAACUACGUGUGGAAUUCUUCGUCUGCUACGUCAGGCAAACCUGUAACUCCAGUAACUCCUAACAAAUAUGCUAUUCUUGAGAGUAUGUCUCUUGAAGACAAACGGCCGCCUAUACCAUUGUCAGGAUCACGGUCGACAGGCCCAAGGGAGUAUAGAUCGGAAUACAAAGCUUGGGGUGAUGGCUCACGAGGAUCACGAAACGGAAGCAGUCAUCAAAUGGGCAGUAGUAGUAGUAUCUCAUCGUCUUCUAGAGAAAGUUCUUUAUUAAUGGAGGGUGCACGAAGUCAAAGUAUUUCUAUGCCAUCGUCAGCGAUGAAGAUGAAACCACCUACUUCUAUGGCUCCUCCGAUGUUAAAUACUGCGUCAAGUAGCAAUAGUAAUGUUAGUAGUAACAAAACUCCUAAAACGGAAACACAGUUACUUACAGCCAUUCAUUCACUGUUGAGUGAAUGUACAAAUAUAUCAAGCUUAGAUCUAUUCAUAAAGACUGCAAUGGAAACAAUUGACGACAGCUUUGACAGUUCUUCAUAUCCACUUUUUGUUAGUGAAACUAUUAACAAGGUGCUUGAACGAUCGACUGAAGUUCGCAGGCGAUUCUCAGUCUUACUCUCUAAAUUAAUUAAUGAAAACUAUGUUUCACUAUCAUUAUUCCAGUUGGAAUAUGAAAAAGUAUUAGAAAUUGCAGACGACCUAGUCAUUGAUAUUCCCAUGAUUUGGACAUACCUCACAGAAAUAUUAUCGGGAAUGGUGAUAUCUGGAGCACAUCCAUUUUCCGAAUUGAAGAAAACUUUAACAGUGCUAAAGAGUUCAGGAACGUGUAGCCUAGUAUUGGGUGGACUUUUGGCAACAUUAGCGAAAGAAAAAGGACCUAAAUGGGUUGUUGACAAUUGGGACCAAAGUGAACUCCAAUGGAGUGAUUUUGUGGAUCCAAAACGUGAAAAUCUUGACAAGAUGAUUCAGAGCCAUAACUUGCAAUUUAUGUCAAAAGGAAGCAGUGGCUCUUUUGACGAAAUGACGUCUGGAGAUAGCAAUAUGUCUUACGCAGAUGUUUGCGAUCAUCUUGUAAAACUAAUGAGGGAGAGUGACUUUGACAAUAUCACAAGUUGGAUCAAUCUCAAUGUUGGUCAACGAUUAAAAGAACCACAAUUUGUGAGAACUUUGACAACCGCUAUUCUCAUCGUUUCAGUUGAAAACAGUGCAAAUGGAUACAAACUUAACACUGCAGUGUUGAAAAGUUGGUUACCAAUAAUAAGACGGUAUGUUGACACAGAGCCUCAGCUUGAGCUCCAAUGCCUCUAUGCGAUACAAUCGCAUCUCCACAAGAUAGAUUUUCCACGGGGUAUCCUUAGUAAUAUUAUUGACGCAGUAUACAAUGAAGAUUUGAUAUCCGACGACGCAUUCUUAGCCUGGCAGCAAUGUACAGACCCAGCAGAAACGGCGCUAGGACACUCGAUAGCUGUGACGUCCCUUACGUCAUUUUUCGUAAACCUCCGGGAAAUACCCGACGAAUCGAGCGAAGAAGCGUGAGAUAUACCCUCGGAUAGCUAUAUACUAACUAUAACUAUAUUAUUAGUUGAAAUAAUCUUGCGUAUGAAGUGAAAAAUUUUAAUAUAAUUAAUAAAAAAAAUUAAAAAAUUCUUUUUUUUUUAUAUUACUAUAAUUCUCAUAAGAGAUAUUGUUUUGAUAUAUUCGAUAUUGAUAUAUUUAAAUUACGAUUUUAUUUCUUUUCUAAAUAAAUUAGUUAUUAUAUUAUUAUUUUAUUAUUACACUUAUAUAAUUAUUGUUUUUAAAAUUGUCACUGGAAUUGCUUCGGUAAUUUAUGCUCAUGUUUAUAAGAUAUUUGACUAAAGCAAUUAACUCUAUUUCAUAAUUGAAAUGUCUGUACUAAAAAGUAUAGGAGAAAUAACACGUGUAAACAAUAUAACGUGACUUUUGCUGCAUAAAACAAAAAUCCGCAAAUGAAUAAAUAAAAAAUAA